CCCAAGUACUUACAUUCAUCUUAGUUCUUUCUUCUUAUUAGCGCGUUUGGAUAUUUGGGAUUUAACAAUGGGUCUUCAUUCUAAAUACCAAGUGGCCCUCGUUUGUGUGAUGAUGCUCUUACCUGCUGCACUAUGCUACUCCCAAGGCUUCACUCCCUCCAGAGCUACCUAUUAUGGUACCCCUGAUGGCUAUGGAACCCCGAGUGGAGCUUGUGGAUAUGGCUACUAUGGCAGAACUGUAAACUAUGGGAAGGUUGCAGCUGUGGCCGGGCUCUGGAGGGAUGGCGCUGGAUGCGGUGCUUGCUACCAAGUAAGGUGUAAGAACUCAAGAUUAUGCAACAGCUACGGCACGAUGGUAGUGGCCACAGACUACGGUGCAGGAGACAGAACAGACUUUAUUAUGAGUCCAAAUGGUUUCAAAGAUCUGGGACGAAGCGCAAGUGCUUCAGAAGAGCUCAAGAAAUACGGCGUCGUCGACAUCGAAUACAGGAGGGUGCCCUGCACAUAUGCUGGGUACAACGUUCGUGUCAAGAUCCACGAGUCCAGCAGAUACCCCGACUACCUUGCUUUCGUCAUUCUCUACGUGCCUGGAAUGAACGACGUCACUGCCCUUGAGAUAUAUGACAAUGAUCGCCAUGAAUGGAAGCCAAUGAGAAGAGUGUACGGGGCAGUGUUUGAUAUAGUUGGUGCACCCAGCGGACCAUUGAUGCUGAGGCUGCAAUUCAGUGGAAGAACAGGUUGGGUUCAGUCCUCCAAGAGUGCCAUUCCCGGAGACUGGAAGAUCGGAGCUUCUUAUGAUUCUCAAGUUCAUGUCUAAAUAAGAUCAUGGAUAUAUGAAGAGUAUGCCACGUCACCUGUUUGGCUCUGAAGAAUGCAAGCUGUUUGGUGUUGUUGUUGUUUAUUUCUUCUGAAAAAUUAAUCUAUUGAAAUAAAUAAAUGUCUUCUGGAAUGAAUAAAUAGUAGGGGUUUGUGUAUUUUCCAUCUGUGAUGGAGUUUAUAUAUGAAUAAAGAAACCUCUUUGUUUGCGCAA